UUUCAUUACCUACAAUCUAUUUUCUCUCUCUUUUUUUUUUUUUUUAAAUCUUUUUUCUUCCUCUCCUAAUGGCUUCCUUUGCUGCGAAGCAUCUCUCUGUGUUCUUGUUUCUAGUGCUCUUCACCUCUCUUGAAAUUCAAGCCAGAGAAAGCAUGUUCUUUAGCAAGUUCAGCCAUUACAAUGUCAAAGAACCCAAAGUCUCCAUUACCGAAGCUCCAACACCAGGACCAGCACCAGCACCAGAAGCAGCACUAGCACCGGCACCAAGUUACUUUGAAAGCGAAAAUGGGUAUGGCCUUUAUGGUGGUGGCUCUAACCAAUUCUCUCCUACAAAGGAGACACCCACCACCACCACCACCAAGUUUGAAGAUGAAUUUUUGACAGAAGAACUCAGCGGUGAAAGAUUUGAGAAGGGCUAUCCUAAAACCAACUUGUACAAUAGCAAUGGCAACAGCAACAAUUACAACAACAAUGGCUACAGCAGCAACUACAAUAACAACAAUGGCUACACAACCAACUACAAUGGCAAUGGCUACUCCAACAACUACAAUGGCAAUGGCUACUCCAACAACUACAACAGCAAUGGCUACCAGACUGAGAGACAAGGGAUGAGUGACACGAGGUUCAUGGAGAAUGGUAAGUAUUAUUUUCAUGUUAACAAUGAGAAUAACAAUAUUAAUGGGUACGAGACAAGGAAGGAAACCAGCAAAAACGAAGGUUACUAUGGAACUAAUAUGUACCCAAAUGAGUUCAACUCCAUGGAAGAGUACGAGAAGCAGGAGGAGAACCAAGAGGAGUUUGUGCCAUAAAGUAUUGAUCGACCCAUAUAUAGUCAACAUAUAUAUAUAUAUAUAUAUAUGUAGAGAGAGAGAUCGAGAGAGAGAGAGAGAUUGGGGGGAGGGACCUGGUUUAAUUUAAAGGCAAAAACUAUAUUAUGGUGGAUUUUUAUGUGUCAUGAUCUUCAAGUUUCAUUUUUCUUUUUGCACAGAUUUUAUGCCUUACUGAGUUAACGAAUGAUGGAAGAUUAUCCUUUAA